CUCCUCUCCUUUUUUCCUCCUUCAACUCUUCUUUGCAUCACCUGUACUCAUUAUCUCACUCUUGCCCAUUGUCAUACUGGCUAUUCCCUCCUCGAUCAACACGACGUCACUCCUUUAUUGCAGUUUCAUACAUGCACAACCAAAUGUCUAUACCUGUUCCUAAUGGAAUGCCACUUUCUCCUCGGCCUUAUCAGCCAGGGCCUGAGAGCAUACUUCGGCCUAGCCCAGGGUUCAGCCAUCAAUUGCCAUUGCGACCUAUUCCUUCCCAUGUACACAACUACUCUCCUCUUCAACGUCCACCAUACGAGCAACAGCAACAACAACAAGCUAUGAUACCAUUAAACUUAUUAAACCCACUUGAGGAUCUGCUUGAGAGCGAAAAAGAAUAUAAUACGGAUCUAAAGAUUCUUCUCCAGCGUGUAUCGGCAGGAUGGACGCAAGAUCAUCUUCCUCCCAAGGAAGUGGACUUAAUGCUCAGGAAUAUUGAGGACAUCCAUGCACUCAGUCGAAAGCUAUCUAAGCGAUUAGCCGAUGUGGCGACAAAUGAGGAUGUAAAUAGAGAGUUGAGCUUAGUGCUAGUGUGGUUUAUGGAUGUCAUGGAAUCGCCUUAUUCCAAUUAUUGCAGGAGCCACACUCCAAAAUUGGACAGUUGGCCCGAGAUCAUGUCCAACUCCAGAUUACAGAGCAUUUUGGCAGAAAUCGCAACUGAGCAAGUGCAGCAUGUUACGUUGGACUCUUUUUUUAUGAAACCAAUUGAUCGUCUCCAUUACUACCAUCGUCUUUACAUGCGAUUGCUCGAAUCUUCAGAACGCGGGGCGCCCGAUUUUAACGCGUUAGAAGCAGCAUUAAUGCGGAUUGACGCCAUUUUAAGAUUUGUUUCAGUAGAUAUCUCAGGAACAUCCCGCUACCCUACAUCUCCCGCAAUGUCUGGAAUAUCGAGCAUGUCAGCACUUCGACAUGCUUUACCAUCACCACCCCUCACAGACCAAAAUACUUCUCCGAGAUUUCCGCCACAGACUAGGGGCCACAGUAACCCGAUCUCGCCUGCACUACCGCCCUCACCCAUGUCUCCUGGCAUGAGCCCAAACUAUCGGCCUUUGCAUAACCUGAACAAUCCUUCGCGGACGGCUGAAGCCAUGUUGGAAUUGGAAAAAACACUAGACACUUCAAAGGUCUUGGACCUGUUCACCAUGCAACCCAAAGCAUGCGCGCUUUCAUUAGCACUGGUUGAGCGUGAAGUCGUCAUUCGUGGCGACUACUACUUUACAGUGACAACUGACGGCAGUAUAGCGGAACGAUAUGAAGAUGGGCACAUUUUGUUGUUAUCCGAUUUAUUGCUGAUUUGCAGGACAAAAACGCAACAGGAAAUCGAAAGUAACCCAGAAGGAAACAUCUCAACACACUGGCUCCUCUUUCCUCCCCUCGCUAUACGAUAUGUUUUUGCUAGAAGCGUCACAUUACCGGAUCAAGUACCGGUCAUGGAAUUGAGCAUUGUCAAUAGAGUUACAGCUCUGAUACGAAUCACGGAAGAUCAACUUAGAGCCGCAUGGAUCUAUGAAGUUAAUAAUGCACAACAAAGUGACGCUUCCAAGGCAGCACAACAGUCACAGCCACAUCCACAACUGAACAGAAGCAUUACACAAAGUCGACCAAUGCAUCCUAUAGGGCCUGGGUCUCCAGCCUUCAAUGGAGGCCCAGCUCCUAUGCAUUACCACAGCGCACCUAUCUCAUCACCUUUUCAGGGACAUCCUGACGGACCUAUGAGCCCCGCUCUCCGACCAUCUAUGCAGGCCAUGGGUGGAAGGCCACUGAUGGGAGGGCCUAUGAACUCGCCUGGAUUCAGGCCCCAAAUGCUUCCUGGUAGUGGGCCAGGAGGUCCUAGGCCAGGUUUGAUGCAUCACGAAGCAGGGUCAUUCAGUGGACGCCCCUCCCCUCGGCCAUUCAACCGCACGAUGAGCAUGCGGCGAACAAACACGAUGGCCAGCAGGUCAGGAGCACCCAGAGGACGUAUUGUAAACAAAGGUGAUGUAGCAGCGGCAAAGGAAGUUUUGUUCAAGACGAAACCAUGUGAUGUUUUCCAAUGGCGCGAAGAUAACUGGGAGCCACUUGUAGAGGAUGACGAUGUUAUUGUGGAGCUACGACUGACUGCAGCGAAUCGAUUGGCCAUGGCAGUUACUUCGUGUGAACAUGGACAGUUGGUCCUCAAUGCAUGGAUUGUCAAUUCUACGACUUUCCGCCGCGCCUCUGAAACAGAUGUCAGCGUCUCGUUGGAUAUGGGGGCAGGUGCGCAGUGGUUCACAGUAGCACUCAACACAGGACGAGAAGCAGAGGAUUUCUGCAUUGCUUUUCAAAGAACAAAAGACCGCGCCAUGUACGACCCAUCCUUACAAAAGUCGGUCUCGCCAGUUCUGUCUCGUGGAGAUUCUUUGGCUUCAUCUGUGACCCAGAAAGUACGGCCUGUGAAACAAACGCUCAAUACAAUGUACCCGCCGGCAGAAUGUAAAUUACUCUUGCAAGGAGGCGACCAUGGUCAAUGGAUAAGUCUUGGAACAGCAAGAGUAGAGAUCAAAAUGGAGACGCCAUCGGGCCAUGUAAGACUGUUUGUAUCACUGGUUUCAGGGAAUAAACAGGUCUUGGAUAGCGUGAUCGUACAAUGCGACUGUCUAGAACUGGUAGGACCUAAAAAACUAGCAAUCACAUUGAUGAACCCUCAAGAGAAGAUGAGCAUCAUCUAUAUGCUCCAGUUCAAAGAUGAAGGGAUAACUACCAAGAUCUUUGAAGGACUGAGUCGUAAUGAAAGCGAAUAAGCUUACAAAUAGAUAGAUGCAUCAUCCAUCGAUAUGUGUAUAUAUAUAUAUAAUAUG